CUCAAACCGGAAGCUGUAGAAUGAAGGGGGCGCGGGAAACGUUUCGGGUCACGGUCAGCAUCCCGAUUACUUUCAGAAAGCCACUCUCAGCCAAGAGUCAGGCAUUUACUGUAUUGUUUGUCUGGGUUGCCCGUUGAUAUGUGUGAAAAGAACAAGAAGGUGAGCAAGUGGCUCAGCACGGUCUUUGGAGAUCAAACUAUUCCAGAAUAUGAAGUUAACACACGGACACUCGACAUACUGUACCAGUUCGCAGAAGCAAGUGAAGUUCGAUGCAAUGAGACUUCCCUGCUCAUUGAGGAUCAAAAACAGAAAACCUCUGAGUAUCAGGCUGAUGGUGUUCAUCUCCAGGAUGUUGUUUUACAAGGAGUGGGCUUAUCCUCUGGAAGCUUGUCAAAACCUGCAUCAGAUUACCUGUCAGCAUUGAUGGCCAACGCUAAGGUACUUGGUGUCCGAGACACAUCUCUGAGCAGCUUUGUGCCUGCGGUGAAUAACCUGACCAAUGAGCUUCUGGAAUCUGAGAAGACGGACAGGAGACUUGAUAGGGAGCUCAAUGCCCUCAGAAAUAAACUUGGGGCCGUUCUUGUUCUACGGAAAACCUUACAAGAGGACAUCAAGAAAACAAUGAAAGCUCAAGAGGUGGAGAGUGCCAAAGCAGAAGAAAGACUACUGAAUAUGGACUUUGUCAAAGCAAAAUCCAAAGACCUCUCAUACCGAAACAAGAAGGCAGAGGACCAGCUGGCAUCCAGACACAUGGAGAAUCGAAUCUCCCACCAAGCUCUCAUGGAGCUCUGUGAGCAAGUUUCCACAUUGAAACAAGAAAUUCUACCUUUGUCAAAGAAACUAGAACCCUACAGAGAUUUGAGCCCAAGUCCAUCUCUUGCUCAAGUGAAAAUUGAAGAGGCAAAGCGAGAAUUGGCUGCAGUUGAUGCUCAACUGGAGAUGAAGGUGGACUUCAUGAAUUCCUCCAUGCCUAAAGGGCGGCCUUUAAAAUGACACAUGAAUUUUGGGGAUUGUAAUUGUAGAAAGUAUAUGUAAUGAUAAUAAAUGUCAAUGGAAAUCGUAAUAUGUUUUUCAUCCAACUUGU